UUCGGUUCGCGCAAACCAUUGCCGUCUGUCGGUACGUUCGCGUGUACGCGCAAUCGAAGAAAGUGUUUUGGUGCGGUGCGCGCGCACUCGCACAGUUCGACUCGCGCUGGACCAAACGCGAAGCUUGAGAUCUCGAUCUUGCGCGUGCAGGACCUUUGCUGAAGCGCAACUCGCCGAAUUGGGUGAGCCGGUUGGGUGGAUUUAAGCGAAAGUGAAAAUAGAUCACACCCAUUGCGGUCGCCGUUUGCGAUGGUGGUGCACGCAGCGGCGGGUUGGUGAAAAGCUGCGAAAAGAGGCCGUGUGCGUGUGAUAACGGUUGGCAAACCAGAACCAAACCUCCUCCUAUAUUGGGCUUUGGGAGUCGCGGUGGUGAUACUCGAAGCAAGAGUUAUGUAAAGAGUGACUUUUUUUUUGUUGGUUUUGCGCAAAACGGACAACGCUACACAGCUACGAUGGGAUGGAGAUUAAUCAUUCUCGGAAUAGUAACGCUCGGCUCGCUGUUCACGUUACAUCUACUAGCGCAAGACUUUAUGAAACUAUCGAAGCCGCUGUUCAUGUCGUCCGGGAAGCGAGAUCUGGGCCCAUCGUUACGCUACAAUCGAACCGCCGCACUGUUGGAUUUUGAGUCAAAAAUCAACUGGAACAAAAUCCUGCAAACGGAUCCACUCAAGUGUGCAUUUUCCCUCGUCUGCCAGCUGGCCGCCGGUGCCGAACCGCAGGACGCGCAGGCAAAGAUAAUUUAUGAAUUUAUCGCGUUUAGUGUAGAGAACAGCAAAACGAUUCCGGCACCACUGAGGGACUCUUUCGAGAACGGGCUGCAGUACAACGGCAACCUGAAGGCGAAGGAUAACUACAAGCAAUGCUACCGGCGCUAUCCACUGUGCCUGUACUCGGCCCGGACGAUGCUUCGGUUUAUGAGUCUGUUUGGCAGGGAGGCGGAUGAGAAGUAGAGUUUGGAGGAGUAAAUUAAUUGCCAAGGAAUUGGGGUGUCCCUUUUUGGCGGAGAAAAUACAAAAUUAGUUGUAAGCAUCACAUCAGCGGAUGAGACCCUCUAUUCAGUAUGUAAUAAAGACGAAAAUCGUAAC